AAUGAAAAGACGUACCUUACCGGACGGAACGUGGAUUUCCCUCGCAAUGGAUUUACUGGGACCUUUACCAAACACGAGUACAUUUUUGUUGUUAUUGACUACUAUUCACGUUAUCAUGAACUGAAAUUUCUUAAAAGAAUAACUUCAACGGCUAUAAUAAAUUUUCUGGAUGAAAUAUUUUCAAGAUUGGGGUAUCCAAAAUCCAUCACUGCUGAUAACGGCCGACAGUUUGCAAACGGGGAGGUAGAGAACUUGAAUCGAUCUUUGCUUAAGCGGCUACAAAUUGCCACUGCACAGGGAGAAAACUAUAGAAAAGAAAUCCAAAAGUUUGCUCUCAUGUACAACGUAACCCCACAUGGAACAACAGGGAAAUCUAAGAUUCCAUCGCUACAGGACGUCGAAGAACCGUUCCUGGACCUUGAAGCCAGAGAUUUAGAUUAUGGCAAUAAAGAAAAAGGGAAAAAGAGAGGGAAUGAGGACCGGAGAGCCAAAGAAAGCGAAAUAGCAGUUGGAGACAAAGUUCUGGUACGUAAUACGAUACUCCCAAAUAAGCUGUCUACGACGUUUAAUGCAGAAGAAUUCGAAGUGAUUAAACGAACAGGGAAUGACGUUGUAGUACGUGGUAAUGGCAAAGAGCUACGACGGAAUGUAAGCCAUUUGAAAAAGCUUCCAGUACCUGAAGUAACAGAAGGUGACAAAGAUACAGCAAAGCAGGAUACUAAUCCACCGUUGAAACUUACUUUGGAAAAUAUAGGAGGGAUGUGGAGAUCUGGCAGCGCGAGAGAUCUGGGAGCGCCUGGAGAUUCGGAGAGGAAUGAAAAUGGCGCGGUUAGGGAGGUCUGUUUUGGUUCGGUGAAGUAAA